AGAGCGAGAGAGAGAGAGCGAAGCAGUGGUAGGAGGAGAAUAAUCCCGCUCUCGGAGCAGAGGAGGAAUCAGUUGGUCUCCUGGCUCAGAUCAGUCCGGAUCAGUCCAAGGGGGUCUGGAUCAUGUCCUCCCCACAGGUCACGUGGUCUCGCAGACAGUCUUGCUAUCUGUGUGACCUGCCCCGCAUGUCCUGGGCCAUGAUCUGGGACUUCACCGAGCCCGUCUGCAGAGGCUGCGUCAACUAUGAGGGUGCAGACCGGAUCGAAAUGGUCAUUGAGACUGCCAGGGACCUGAAGAGGGCCCAGGGAGGGCCUCCUGCUCCUGGACCCCCUCAGCCCACAGGAAUCAAGGUUCUCAAGGACUCAGAUGGACCUGGGAAAUCUCAGCACACCAUGGCUCGGUUUGACUACGCCCGGACUAACGGAGGAGUCCCUGGGUUAAGACCUGAGGAUGGACCACCUGACCUGAACCCACAGAGUCCCACCGCCAGGACCAGGGGUCAGAUACCUCAAAAUCUACUCCCCCAGAGCCCGGCCCCUCAUGGCUUGGCCCAGCAGGAGGCCAGAGACCGUCAGAGGAACUCGGAGGUCCUGUCUGAGCUCACCGAGUCCCUCAGGAACCGUCAGGAGGACUGGGUCCAGAGGCCCCCAGGAGUCCGGGAUACUUUGCUGACUCUGUGUGCGUGCACGCCAUUCAACGUGCGUUUUAAGAAGGAGCGCUCGCUGCAGGGCCGGGUCUUGGCCUUUGAUGCGGUCUCCAAACCUGGACCGGAACACGAGCUCAAGAUCUACAUCGAGUACCCAAGCGGGUCUGGAACCGUGUUCUCUAGUGCAUCCGGGGCAGCCCGUCAGAUGUACCAGGACUACCUGCAGGAUCCGGAGCUGACCCAGCUGACUGAGGGUGAUGGGAUAGAGCAGACAGACCCUAGGCCACGCUUACACCAAAACCAGUACCUGUGGAGGAUGUUCCAUUUGGCUGGAAACGGCACCCAGCACGCUCCAUCUCUGUAAACCACCAACACACAGCUCCUUUCCACACAUGCUCAGUACGGCUCCAGCUCCAGCCCUGUCUGAGUGGCUGGACUACAACAACAAUGGAGGACUUUCUCUACAACAAACUUUCCCUCCUGUUGAUCAAUCUUUGUUGACAACUUCUGAGAAAGUGGGUGGAAACCCUCGCUCCCCACCAGGUUCACCAACUUUCUCAAAAGUUGUCAACUAUGGUCUACUAUUGAGCAUAAAGGGCGGGGGGACCCCCAACAUCCCCAGCUUCAUCAACAUUCCAUCCUUGCUUUUGAUGGUGAUGUCAUUCUUUUAAGUUCAGAUAAUAUUCCACUAUUGGCUUUGAAGAUGAGAUCAUCCUUUGAAGUGUAUAAACAUUCCAUUCUUAACUUUAAAGAUUGUUGUUCUUUUAAUUCGAUCAAACAUUCCAUCCUUGACUUUGAAGAUGAUGUCAUUCUUUAAAGCUUAUCAAACAUUCCAUCCUUGACUUUGAAGAUGUCAUUC